AUGGCGGGGGUCAGGAAGAAUAAUGAACUGCAGGAUUCAAAGAUGAAUGGAGCCCUCCCUGAGAAUGCUGUGGACUACAAGCAGGAACAUGAGGGCUUCCUGCCCAGCCAUGGUCCUGCCCAGUUCUUGGAUUUCGAGGGGAAGGCAUCGUUCCUAAUGUCAGUUUUCAACAUUGGCAGCGCCAUCAUGGACAGCGACAUCCUGGGGCUGGCCUACGCCAUGGCCCACACAAGGGUCCUCUACUUCCUGACCCUGCUGCUGUGCAUCUACUCCAUUCUGUCUUCAUACUCCAUCCAUCUCCUGCUGACCUAUGCUGGUGUAGUAGGCAUCCAAGCCUAUGAGCAGCUGGGACAGAGGGCAUUUGGACCUAUGGGUAAGAUGGUGGUGGCUGUGGUCAUCUGUCUGCACAGUGUUGGGGUAGACUGCAGGGACUGGUUCUUGAAGGGAAACCUCCUCAUCAUCAUUGUUAGUGUGCUCAUCAUCCUUCCCCUGGCCCUCAUGAAACACUUGGGCUACCUGGGGUAUAGUAGUGGUCUCUCUCUGAUCUGCAAACUUUCUUCAUUUUAGUGAGUUAUCUAUAAGAAGUUCCAGCUUGGCUGUCUUACGGGCUACAAUGAGAAAGCAGUGGAGAGUGAGCACCACCCGACCCUCCCCACGCACAGACUCAACAGAAGCCUUGAGGCCCAGAUGUUCACAGUUGACUCUCAGAUGUUGUACACAGUACCCAUUAUGGCUUUCACCUUCAUCUGCUACCCUGAGGUGCUGCCCAUCUACACAGAGCUCUGCCAGCCCUCCUAGCGCAGAAUGCAGGCGAUGGCCAAUGUGUCCAAGGCAAUGUUCUGCAUGUAUGUGUUCACAGCAACCUGUGGAUACCUGACCUUCCAUGGUGACAUGGAGGCAGAGAUGCUGCAUAUGUACAGCCACAAGGACCUGCUCAUCCUCUGUGUGCACCUGGCCAUGCUGCUUGCGGUGACCCUCACUGUGCCAUUUGUGCUGUUCCCUGUGCGUGGAGUCCUAUCUUUCCCCCCCUUUUGCCUGCAGGCCCUGUGUUUUGGUGUCCUGGGGGUACUCUUUAUGGCAGGCACUCUGGGCUUUAUGUUUGCCAGUUGGGCCACAGGCCAGAGCCAUGUGUAUGGAUACUGA